UGCAAACACAUGUGAUUGAAAAAUGGUGUAUUGAAAAAUAUGAUGAAAGUUAUCAGUAAAAUAAUAAGACGUAGUUUACAAUUUCUUCUCGAGCAGUUAUGUAUUUAAUGAAAAAAAUGUCCAAACAAUGGUGGUAUUAUAUAUAGGAAGAAAAUUAAAAUGAAAUGUAGUGCUGUUUGUAUUUGUGACAGUGAUGAGUAUCAUUCGGAAAACUGCCUUAUGCUCCGUGCUUACAUUUAUUGUUCUAGCCAAAUAUGGAUCAUGUAAGCGAACACCAGUGGUCGGCUAUGCUCCUGGAGUUAGUGGUAUGCCACCAGUUAACGAAAAAAAUUGCGAAACUCCUGAAAUUUUGAAGAAUUCACAUUUAUCAAAUGCCCUCGAGUGUAAUCGUCCCUGUCAUGUUGGGCAGAAACCAAAAACUUGUUAUUACAAAUUCGUGCUUGAACGUUAUCCCGUCAGCGGGCAAGCAUGCAAUUUUUGCACCCCUAAUAUCACAAAUACAUUGUGUCCCAAUUGUCAAUGCAUAACUGGCAACGGAGUGGAGCGUAUGGCUUUAGUUGUAAACCGAAUGUUACCAGGACCGAGUAUACAAGUUUGUAUAAAUGAUUAUGUGGUGAUUGACGUUGUGAACAAAAUUAAAGAAGAUGCAGUGACGGUACAUUGGCAUGGCGUUUAUCAAAAAGGAACACAAUACUACGAUGGUGUACCCGAUCUAACCCAAUGUUCCAUUUUGUACGGUAAAACCUUUAGAUAUCAGUUUCCUGUGCAAAAUGGCGGCACUCAUUUCUGGCAUGCUCAUACGGGAUUAAACAAGAUGGACGGUGUUUUCGGUAGUUUUAUUGUAAGGCAUACAAUAGAACGAGAUCCCCAUGCGUAUCGAUACGAUUACGAUUUAGCAAAUCACGUGGUAGUAAUUACUGACUGGAUGCAUGAAGAAUCAACAGAGAGAAUGCCAGGUCGCAAUAGUGGUGUAGUUGGUCAAGCUCCCGAUUCGUUUUUGAUCAAUGGGAAAGGAAAAGUUUUGAACAAUAAUUCUACCGGUGGGGGUGGUGCUUUCGAAGUCAUAACUGUAGAAGCAAAUAAACGUUACCGUUUCCGUUUAGUCAAUUCAUUUUGUGCCACUUGCCCAGGCGAAUGGACAAUCGAGGGCCACAAAAUGAUCGCCAUCGCAUCGGAUGGACAAUCUAUGGAACCUGUUACUGUGGAUUCCAUUGUCUCAUUACCAGCCGAGCGGUAUGAUUUUAUUCUACAUACUAAUCAAAAGCCUGGUGCUUAUUGGAUACAGCUUCGUGGAUUAAGUCAAUGCAAGAACAGAGGUAUUCAACAAUUAGCCUUAUUACAGUACAUAGAUGCACCUACAGAACCAAAAACACCACAGCCUUCUUAUGGUGCCAUCUCCGGAAAAGUAGUUUUAAAUCCAGUGGACACUCCUUGCAACGGAUCGAAUCGGAAUGCAGUAUGCAUAAGCAACUUAACGCACGCAUGGGGUACAAACCCUAGAAUUGAAGAAGAAGAACCAGAUAUGAAGUUGUACAUGCCAAUUGGCUUUCGUAUUGCUACACCCAGCACCUUUUAUCGGCCUAACACGUACAAAACCUUUUUAAUUCCAGGACCAAACUCCAUUGUUAUGGGAACUAUGGACAAUAUUCAAUUUUCUUUUCCACCAGUACCACCACUUUCACAGUUUGAUGAUCUACCUUCGAAUCAGUUUUGCGACUCUGAUAAUUUGCCACGAGGUUGUCAGGGCAAUUGUACUUGCACGCACGUGCGGAAAAUACCGUUGAACGCUGUAGUAGAAGUGAUAUUAAUUGACGUAUCGAAUGUAAAUGGGCUAAUUCAUCCUUUCCACUUGCACGGUCAUUCAUUUCGUGUUCUAAGUAUGGGCCAACCAUUAGGUCCUUAUUCACCUCAGAACGCAAUAACUCUAGAUUAUGUGAAGAAGCUGGAUAGUAAGACUAAUUUAAACAGAAAAUAUGAUAAUCCUGCAGGCAAAGAUACUAUUGCUCUCCCAAAUAACGGAUACGCGGUAAUCAGAUUCCGUGCGAAUAACCCAGGAUAUUGGUUGUUCCACUGUCAUUUUAUUUAUCAUCACAAUGCCGGCAUGGAAAUGGUUUUCAAAGUUGGAGAACAAAGUGAUUUACCACCAGUUCCAAAGAAUUUUCCAAGAUGUGGCCAUUUCAUACCGAGUAUCAACCCUCAUUACAAACACAGAGGUGGGAAAAGCGACAGGAAAGACGAUUCGGACGAAUGGAAACACAGCGAAGAAAGUAAACAGGAGGAAGGAAGGAGGAAACGAGAAGAAGAGAAACUGUCAAUAGCAGAUAUUGGAAAGAUGUUUGAUCUGUGGUAAUUUCUUCACAUUUACAUUGGAGGAAUUUUUACACCACAUUUUAUAAAAUCUAUUCGUUGCUUGAAAAUAAAACAUUUCUCUUUGAGGGAAAAUAAGGACUACAUGUUGA